GAACCCUAUCAGGACGUGUUUAAGGCGCGCGUAAUUUUAAUUCAAUGUUUGGUUUGGACCAAGUUGUAAUAACAGCACACCUGUGCAUUCACUAAAGAUCAGAUCAAGAACUAGACACGAAGCAUGAAUGUUCAAACAUAAAAUCACUCACGGCGCUCCAUUUACAAUUGUUAAUAAUUACAACACUAAAACUAAGUAAUCGUGAAAAGAUAUUCUUCAACAACAGUCCGGAAAGGGUUAACACGAUCACGAAUCUCUUAGCUAAUUUCACCAGAUCCAGCCGCGAUACCGGUUCUUCAUCCCAGAGCUUUGUUCACAGAAACGGUCAGCACAACAAUGGAGAGACUUCGAUUAGGUACUCCUCAGGUUGGAUAUCAACGACACGCUUGACUCCAGCAGUAUUCAGUAACGAUCGAGAAGGCGCGGUGGUAGGACCAGGAAUACCGAACUAACGCGUGUGCUCCACAUUCGCCUGCGUCGAGGACAGCACCUGCGCGAUCUUUCGAUUGAAAACCAGAAGACUAUUUUAAACUGUGUAGCGUCUAUUCUAGUAGUGUAGUUGCUUUGGUUAACAAGUAUUUUCUAUUUUUGUUUGCUUUAUUUAACUUUUGUCGAGUCCACUCGUUACACUUCAAUUGACCUGGAAAAGUACUUUUUAGUGGAUGAAUGUCAUUCCACUAACGAUUUUUUUUGUCGUUGAUGCGACUAUGCUUACAGAAACAAUAUGGACCAAGUGUAGGACAGUGAUCGUAUGAUGCACAAUGCUUUUAUAGUGCGACAAUCCUGAGAAAGAGAUAAUAGGUCUUAUCUCCCUACGGUGAUAUUUUAAUGUUUCGCUAUCACAUCAAUCUUCAAGUAUUCAAUAAAUGUAUAGCAUCACUUUACACAAAAGAUGCACGUGUAAAUUAUUAGAGCAAAUAACAAUCCAUGAAAGUGUCAGUAUCGUUCCAUAAAAGCAUUCAAUUUGCUGUACAAGAAGCUCAAUUGCUGAGGUUUGAAUCAGUAAAUAAGUAAUAAAGUGAAAAACAAGCUGCUGUCACCAUGAAUCGUGGUCUACGGGUUGGAUUUGUCAUUUUUGGUGCAUUGCUAGUAUUUGGCAGUUUUCCGAUCACGGUCACCGACGCCAAUGGUGUUCAGCAAACUUCAUCCACCGGUGAAAACAAGUUCCUCAAAUAUCUAUUCAAUAAAUAUGGCAGCAAGGGAGUGAUCUCGUUCGAGGGCCUGGAGCAUUUGAUGCACAGUCUCGGUUUGGGUGGUUUGGACUUUAUCCCGACGCAUACGCUUGAUGAACACCGACCGGAUGGUUUCAAGACCGAAAAGGUGGUGGAUUCCUUCAGUAAUACUGUCGGUGAUACCAGUGAUAAAGUAACCGUUUCAUUCCCCAACAUUGCCGAUAACGAAGAGAGUGAACCUAAUCGACCCAGGUAUGAAACGGUAAUCAUCAAUAGGCAUACUCCUAUCAGUACAAUCACCGAACCUACGCAGCAUAGCAGCCACGAAGACUCCGGACAAAACUCUACCAAUUCGCGCCAAGAUACAAUCAUCAACAAUUCGUACCAAAUUAGUAACUUGAACGAAGUGCGACCGGCGGAUGUCAAUACUGACCGGCAGCAAAACAAAACCAUACAUUUCAGCAGUGACGAAAGUGAUGAUAACGCUAGUAGCAAGUGGCACAAUGAAGUAUGGCAGGAAAUUAUCUUUAAAGAGAUUCACGAUCCUCAGCAUCGUCAUCCACGUCGAGACGAUCACCGAAAGUCUUGCCUCUCGCCCAUGUCUAUGGUUCAUUUGAUCCUUGAGGAACCAACGAAUACCGAGGAUUUUCUGCAUGCCAACUUUAACUACGAGCUAGACCCGAACAAUCGCCAUCGUCGUUCGUUACCUCACGAACAUGAUCAUGAACAAGAGGAUUGGGAACAGGAUGUAGAAGAAAUAAUUGCUGCCAGAAUAAAGAUCACCCCGGCUACUUUCAAGGACCUGUGUCCCGCGCUGUUAGCUCAAAUCGACCAAAGAGCGUGUAAUCAGAAAUUUCAAUUGAACGAUCAACCUCACGUGGAGAAAAAACUUUUUGCUAAUGCAUGGUUGUAUGCAACGAUCUGCGUUACAAUAAUUUCGGUAUGUGGUCUUACUGGUGUCGCGAUGGUCCCUCUGGCUAAAUCUGUUGCCUACGAUGAAAUUCUUCGUUUUUUGGUAGCUCUUGCUAUAGGAACACUGUGCGGAGAUGCAUUGAUGCAUUUAUUGCCUCAUGCCUUAGUGGCCUCGACCAAUCAGGAUGGUGCACAGGAGAGUCCUACAGGUGGGCACAAUCAUAGCGACGAACCCGUUUGGCUUUGCUUCUGUGCAUUUCUAAGUGCACUGUUUAUGUACACUUUGGAAACGUUGUUGCCACUUCUCAGAUCCCCGCUGGAUGAUGGUCAUCACCACCACCACCACCACGGACACUCACAUUCAAGAGUGACUGCGGUAGUGGAGCCGGAGCCGCAGCAAACAAGACGGAAUACAAACAUUACCGACGAUAUCGAAAUGGAUCUGCAGGAUUCCAAACGGAAAGAAUUGAACACAAUGCUGGAGAAACAAAAAACUGCCAGCAAAUCUUUGAGUCCGGUGGCUUUCAUGGUCAUACUAGGAGAUGGUUUACAUAACGUAACUGAUGGUCUGGCAAUCGGAGCAGCAUUUGCUGCGGAUCCUGUCACUGGAAUGGCAACUUCAUUUGCUAUUCUGUGUCACGAAUUACCCCAUGAGCUGGGAGAUUUUGCGCUCCUGCUGCAGACCGGAGUCAGUAUCCGACGAGCAUUGUUGCUUAAUGUUGUUUCCUCCGUAUUAAGCUUUCUUGGUAUGAUCAUCGGUCUUUUGAUAACCGGACUUCAUGAAUCAGUGGUGCGAUGGAUUUAUGCAGGAACGGCUGGCACGUUUCUGUACAUCGCGCUAGUAGACUUGAUACCUGAGAUGAAUCGAAGCCACGUUGAAGCUUCGGAAGGGAUGCCAAAAUCUAGCAAAUUAAGAGCAGUAUGCUCACAAAUUUGUGGCAUGUUAAUGGGCGGAUUGAUAAUGCUAUCGAUAGCACUGAAUGAGGAUCAUUUGCGAAUGUUAUUUGAAUAAAUUAUUCAUUAUAUUAUUGUUA